UUUGACAUUUCGUAAUUCCUAUUUUGUCUGAAUUCUCCUUCUUACGUAGUAUAUUACUUACUCUAUGUUCUCCUUGUUUUUGCUGUACAAAAAUAUUUUCACAAAAUAAGCAUCACAACCCAGUUUUUAUUAUUUCAAUAUUACUUUAUUAGAAUUAUUAAUAAAUCAGUAAUAUUUAGUAAUAACAGCCAAUUACCUACGUAUAAAUGGAUUUCUGAAAAACAGUGCUGAUUUGAAUAGAAAUUAUAAAAAUAUUUGCGAUGGGUACUGAAAACUGCGGAAUUCUAAAUGAUUUAUCGCCGGUUUUUCGGCCUUAUGUUCAAAAUAUGUAUCAAGAUUUAAAACUCGGUCUAUGCAAAACGAAAGUGGAUUUUGAAAGAAUAUCAUGUUCACCAGAUGGAUCAGAAAGCCAAUUUCGCGUUAUUUUGCCAUAUUGUUCCAAAAAAUUAAAAUGGGAUAUAUUAUUUGAUUCAUCAACACCAUGGUUUGCACCUGAUUUUAGAUUUGAUGAUGAUAGUUUUCUUUCUAAUAUUGAUGAUGAAUUUUUGGAGAGUAAAGUACCAAGCCUUGCAAAAUGGAAUGAAUGUGAUCCUAGGGCAUUAAGUAAUGUUGUAUCAGAAUUGGUUAACCUUUACAAAAUCCACCAGGUGAAAAAGUUACAUGAAGAUGAGAGUUCACGUGCUUAUUUUGAAUACACUGCACUUCUUGGUGAUGCGUUGACUUCAGAAUAUGAUGUGGAAGUAUGGGUUGGAAACCACAUUGUUGAGUUUCUCAUCCGACUCAAGGUUGACACUUCAAGACUACCUGAAUUAUAUAGUGAAGGAAUUGAGGAGAAUCCUGGUAUUGAUACAGCCCUGCUAUUGGUAAGGUAUCCAAACUCAACUAAUGCAGAACUAAUACUUUCACCACAACUCACUAAAUCCCUUGGAAAUAUAUCUUUGCCACAAAUGCAUCAAUCUGGUGUUUUAAUGGAUUAUGUGCCAAUGGUCACGGAAUUGCUAAACAAUAAGAUACAGGAUUUACUAAACAAUGAAAAAUUAAAGAGAGAUUUACUUGCACAAUUAAUUGUUAAAUAUGAAGGUGGUAUCCUGGAAUAUGAUGCUAAUAAUGCAGCAUUUUUAUUCGAAAUCAAUGAUUUCCAUUGGAUUUUACAAAUAGACAUAGGGACCUUUCCAGAAAAACCUCCAAUUUUAACCCUUAGAUCUGUUUAUCACUGUAAUAAAGGAAAACCGAAAUUUAAGGUGUUAUCAGCCUGUCCAUAUAGCAACUUUGAAGAAUAUAUUGAGCAGCAAGUUGAAAUUUUCAAGAAUGAAUGUAAAGGAAUGUCAUCAAGCAAUCCACUUUUGAACAUAGAUAACUAAGCUUUGUGGAGUGACUGGUAUUAUUUACAAUAAACAGGAUAAUAAUACUAUAUUCCCUAUGGAAUUACAUAAUGUAAAUGAAUAAAUCAUAAUGUUCUGUCUUUA